UCUUUCUCCCCCUCCUCUCUCCCUCUCUCUCUCUCUCUCUCUCUCUCUAUCACAGCGCAUACUAAUACUGUGAAAGGACCGACCUCCCUCCCUCUUUUUUUCAGGAGGGGAGGGGGUGGUGAGCGAGGUAGCCGUUUCAGUUCAGCAUUCUUUUUCAUGAGGCUGGCUGUGCUAGUCUACCAGCUCUGAGUCCUGCACAGCGAGCGUUGCCGAUGCUGCACUGGGCCACGUUUCACCUGCCUGUAGCAUGUAAUGUGUCAUAGGUACCGCAAGAAAAAGGGCUAUUUUUAUUCUUUUUUCAAAAAAUGCCACUUCCAUUUUUGUGAAGGAACAGAAGCGAGAAGACAGACUGGGUGGGGGGACGCAACCAACGCCCCCUCCUCAAAAAAGAGAAGAAAAACGGAAGGCACUGGAAUAUUUGUUUUUUUCUUUCGUUUUUUGUUCUUCUUUUUCCUCAUCGUUGUGCUGGGGGGCACUUUCUCCUUUCAUUUGCUGUUGCUCUCCGUCAUUUGCCUCCUUAUCUAUUUCUCCAUCUACCUGUUCAACAAUUUCUACUAUUUAUGAGCAAGAAAAGGAGCCGAAGAGAGAGAGAGGAGGGGAAUAUAUCCAUUUUUCCCCCUUUUCUUUACCUUUUUCAUUCCUUCCCUGGCUGUUCCUGUCUUUCUCAAUCCCUUCCUCUGCCUCUGCUUCCCCUUUUACAUCCAUCACACCCCCUCCCUCAACCCCCCCACCCCCCCCCCCUUACCCCUCGUCUUUGCCCCUGGACUCCCACUCUUUAAAAAUGGGCUCGUUAAAUUUUGACUGAAAUUUCCACACUUCCUUUUUCAUCAUCUUUCCCUUUUUUCUUCUUCCUCCUUCCUCCCUCCCUUCUCCCUUCAUCCUAUGCAUCAGUAUUUUGGGAGAUUCUGUGAAAUAUUUAUAGGUAGGUUUGCUAGUUUUUAGUGUCUGUCUAUCAUAGUCUGUCUGUGUGUGUAUAUGUGUGUAUGUGUGUGAAUUUCAUAUUCAUAAGACACACAUUGGCACACGCAUACACACACUAAACUAUGGCACCAAGAAAUUUUACAGAUUCCGUCAGCUGAUAUCUGGUUCGAUCCCAUCCCUCAAUUUUUCUUCACAAACUUCAUAUGCUUUUUUAUUUGAUGUCCAUUUUACUGGAACCGGUCACCCAUUUGUCAUUUUCUUUAUUUCACCUGAGAACAGAAGAUUCUCUUCUUUUCCACCCCAUUUGCUCAUUUCAUCGAAGCGCACAUCGUACCGACGCUCCUCUCUCUCUCUCUCUCCAUAUAUCUCACCUUUAUCGCCUCACCACCCCCACACAGACUCGGGGGCGGAAUUUAAGUCCCGGGGUCGUUUCCUCGUCCAGCAGCCACUGGGGUCGUCUCCCGGCGUUUCCACGUAGCCGUUAGAGACCGAGCUGGCCGCACCGAAAUGCACCUGCGCUGCCCGCCUCGGCUCCCCUCCGACAGAGACUGAGCCUCUCAACGCAGGGCGCUGGAACAUCUGCUUUAGCUUAGCAUCUAAUGCUAACGCUCGCCUUUCUACGCUACUGGUCUGUCACCUGUGUGUACUGCAUUCUCUCUCUCUCUCUCUCGCUCUCCCUCUCUCUCGUUCUCUCGCUCUCAAUUUCCUUUUUCUCCUGGCUGGCUCUCUCUCUCUCUCUUUGCUUCCCUCAGACACAAACUCAAACACCCAGAGGGAAUGGAUUAAAAUAUCUCACUAAACUCUUUACCUUUUAAAGGAUUUUAGAAAAGCAAAACAUUUUUUUUCUCCUCCAUACUUUGCUCUGUCUCUCUCUGUCUCGCUCUCACUUGCUCUCUCUCGCUAUCUCCCUUUGUCUCUCUCUCUCCUUUUGUCCAUUCAUCCAAUCUUUGUUUUUCCACGUUCCCCGAUUGAUUAAUUCAUCGAUUUAUUCAGUUCUAUCACUGCCAUUUGAAAAUUAUUCCCAUAUUUGGCCGCCCAUCCCUGUUGAAUUUGGUCCAUAUGGGGUUUAAGGGAGGACAGAAUCUGGGUACGCGUUAUAUAUCCAGGCUGACGUUGUGCAUCAGAAGGGUGGGGGGACUCAGUGAAUUGAACUACUGUAGACUGCCAACCAGCCAAAAAAACUUGGUUAUGAAUUAUUAGGUGUGUACGUGUGUGCAUCAGGCAGAGAAACAGACAAGAUGGACAAGCAGUUACUUUUUUAGAAUUCAUUCAUCUACCGCUCAGUCUCUGUCUGGUCAUGUUUUCACCCUUCACUUUAAGAAAGGUGUAAUACUUCUUCUCUGCUACAUCUGAAGAUCUUUUUAAAACAUUUUUUUUUUGAGUGAACUGCACUGAAUAUUUAUUUUGGAUGUAGUUUUUUGGGGGGAAUUUCUGUAUGGGUUUUGGAUUGGAUUGACCAUGAAACACUGUUGUUAAUUGAAAUCGAUAUCAAAUUUCAGGACUUUUUUGUCUUUUUUCUAGUGGACUAAACUGAUUUAAAUAAUUUUUUCUGAUAUUGACUUUGGGAUUUUGCCAUCAAGGAUUAAGGACCACAUAUUUUUUUAAAAUAUUACAAUUCUUACACUUACAGUUGUUAUACCUCUCUUCUCUCUUCAAAAUGACAUCUAAAAUGCAAGCCAGUUGAUGGAAAGGGUUGAAUAGCUCGUCCUCCCGGUGUCCGAGGCCAUGCGAUCGAGAGAGGAGCCGCGGGGUGCAGCACCAUGCCAGUUCUGAAACGCCCAGAGGAGAUCUGGACUGGCAAUACUCACGGGAUUGCGUUGACACUCCUCCUCCAUCAUGCUUGUGUGCCACCGGUGCGCCUCCUCCCCCUCCUCCUCCUGGCCCUCCCCCUCACCCCCGGAUCCUGAAAGCACGGCCGCCCCUCCACGGCACCGCCCGGCCCGGCCCCGGCCCCCGCCCCUCUCCCCGCUCCGGAUCCUCUGCCUCUGUCUGCUCCUCCUUCCCGCCUGCGAGUCCAGGCGGGAGAGGGGCGGGGCCGGGGAGAGGGGCGGGGCCGUGGUCAUCCCGCCCCACUACUCCCCGGCGGGGCACCCUCAGCCGCUGCCCCCCAAGUUGGCGCAGGGGCUGAGCAUCGCCGUGGUGCUGGUGGGCAACUCCAGCGAGGUGGCGCUGGCGGAGGGCCGGGAGAAGGACGACUUCCUGUACAUGCCCCUCCUACCCAACGUGGAGCUGGUCACCAUGAACGAGACCGACCCCAAGAGCAUCAUCACCCGCAUCUGCGACCUCAUGACCAAGUCCUGGCUCCAGGGCGUGGUGUUCGGGGACGACACCGACCAGGAGGCCAUCGCACAGAUCCUGGACUUCAUCUCGGCCCAAACGCACAUCCCCAUCCUGGGCAUUCGGGGGGGGUCGUCCAUGAUCAUGGCUGCUAAGGAUGAUAAUUCCAUGUUCUUCCAGUUUGGCCCCUCCAUUGAACAGCAGGCUUCGGUUAUGCUGAACAUAAUGGAAGAGUACGACUGGUACAUUUUCUCCAUUGUUACCACCUAUUAUCCCGGCUACAAGGACUUUGUCAAUAAGAUUCGCAGCACCAUAGAGAACAGCUUCGUGGGCUGGGAGCUGGAGGAGGUGCUGCUGCUGGACAUGUCGGUGGACGACGGUGACUCCAAGAUCCAGAACCAGCUGAAGAAGCUGCAGAGCCCGGUCAUGAUGCUGUACUGCACCAAGGAAGAGGCCUCCACCAUCUUCCAGGUGGCCCACUCGGUGGGGCUCACCGGCUACGGCUACACCUGGAUCGUCCCCUCGCUGGCGGCCGGGGACGCCGACAAUGUUCCCGCUGAAUUCCCCACAGGUCUGAUUUCUGUGUCUUACGAUGAGUGGGACUACGGCCUGGAGGCCAGGGUUCGUGAUGGGGUGGCCAUCAUCGCCAUGGCGACCGCCACCAUGAUGCUCGACCGGGGACCGCACACCCUCCUGAAGUCGGAGUGCCACGGGGCCCCUGAGAAGAAGGGGCCGAGCGCCGGGAACCCCAACGAAGUGCUCAGGUACCUCAUGAACGUGACGUUUGAGGGGCGCAACCUGUCCUUCAGUGAGGAUGGCUAUCAGAUGCAUCCCAAACUGGUCAUCAUCCUCCUGGACAAGGAACGCAAAUGGGACAGGGUGGGGAAGUGGGAGAAUGGCUCACUGAGCAUGAAGUACCAUGUGUGGCCUCGCUUUGAGCUGUAUUCGGACACGGAGAACCGCGAGGACGACCACCUGUCCAUCGUCACGCUGGAGGAGGCCCCCUUCGUCAUAGUGGAGGACGUGGACCCUUUGAGUGGCACCUGCAUGAGAAACACUGUGCCUUGCAGGAAACAGCUGAAAAUCUUAAAUCAGACAAAAGACUCCGGCAUCUACAUCAAGCGCUGCUGCAAGGGCUUCUGCAUCGACAUCCUGAAGAAGAUCGCCAAGUUCGUCAAGUUCACCUACGACCUCUACCUGGUCACCAACGGCAAGCACGGCAAGAAGAUCAAUGGCACCUGGAACGGCAUGGUCGGGGAGGUGGUGUUAAAGAAUGCCCACAUGGCUGUGGGCUCCCUCACCAUCAACGAGGAGAGGUCAGAGGUCAUCGACUUUUCGGUGCCCUUCAUAGAGACUGGCAUCAGUGUUAUGGUCUCUCGUAGCAACGGCACUGUCUCGCCCUCUGCGUUCCUGGAGCCGUUUAGUGCGGAUGUUUGGGUGAUGAUGUUCGUUAUGCUGCUGCUGGUGUCGGCGGUGGCCGUCUUCAUAUUCGAGUACUUCAGUCCCGUUGGUUAUAAUCGCUGCCUGGCAGAUGGGAGAGAGCCUGGGGGCCCCUCCUUCACCAUCGGCAAGGCCAUCUGGCUGCUCUGGGGCCUGGUCUUCAACAACUCCGUGCCCGUGCAGAACCCCAGGGGCACCACCAGCAAGAUCAUGGUGUCCGUCUGGGCCUUCUUCGCCGUCAUCUUCCUCGCCAGCUACACUGCCAACCUGGCCGCCUUCAUGAUCCAGGAGGAGUACGUGGACCAGGUCUCCGGGCUGAGCGAUAAGAAGUUCCAGAGGCCCAAUGACUUCUCUCCUCCGUUCCGAUUCGGGACGGUGCCCAACGGCAGCACGGAGCGAAAUAUCCGCAACAACUACAAGGAGAUGCACACCUACAUGGUCAAGUACCACCAGAAGAACGUGGACGAGGCGCUGUACAGCCUGAAGAUGGGGAAGCUGGACGCCUUCAUCUACGACGCGGCCGUGCUGAACUACAUGGCGGGCAGGGACGAGGGCUGCAAGCUGGUGACCAUCGGCAGCGGGAAGGUCUUCGCCUCCACGGGCUACGGCAUCGCCAUCCAGAAGGACUCCAGCUGGAAGAGAGCGAUCGACCUGGCCAUCCUGCAGCUCUUCGGAGACGGUGAGAUGGAGGAACUGGAGUCCCUGUGGCUGACGGGAAUCUGCCAUCAUGAGAAGAACGAGGUGAUGAGCAGCCAGCUGGACGUGGACAACAUGGCGGGCGUCUUCUACAUGCUGGGCGCGGCCAUGGCGCUCUCCCUCAUCACCUUCAUCUGCGAGCACCUCUUCUACUGGCAGCUGCGCUUCUGCUUCAUGGGCGUGUGCUCCGGCAAGCCGGGGAUGACCUACUCCAUCAGCAGGGGCAUCUACAGCUGCAUUCACGGGGUCCAGAUCGAGGAGAACAAGUCGGCGCUCAACUCCCCUUCAGCCACCAUGAACAACACCCACUCCAGCAUCCUGCGCCUGCUCCGCACGGCCAAAAACAUGGCGUCCCUCUCGGGGGUCAACGGCUCGCCGCACAGCGCCUUGGACUUCAUCCGCCGCGAGUCGUCCGUCUACGACAUCUCGGAGCACCGCCGCAGCCUGGCCGGCCACUCGGACUGCAAGCCGCCGUACCUGCCCGAGGACAACAUGUUCAGCGACUACAUCAGCGAGGUGGAGAGGACUUUCGGGAAUUUGCACCUGAAAGAUAGCAACCUGUACCAGGACCACUACCUGCACCAUCACCAGAGUGCGGCUGCCCCGCUGGGUUUGGGGGCUCCCCCGUCAAACAGGCCCCAUAGCCUGGGGAGCAGCAGCUCCCUGGAGGGCGGCAUGUACGACUGUGACAGUUUAGGGGGCGGGGUGGCCCCAAUAUUCACCACCCAGCCCCGGUCGUCCAUGACCCACAGGAAUAAUAAGUUUGACCUGAUCGCCAGCCAGACCCCGCCCUCCGGCCCAGGGUUCCAGCAGGGCCUGCCCGACCUGUACGGAAAGUUCAGUUUCAAAGGCGCGGCGUCCAGCUCAGGGUUUAUCGCGGGACACGACAGGUACUGCGGGGCGGGGGGCGGAAUGAGCGGGGACGAUGGGAACAUCCGGUCGGACGUGUCGGAUAUCUCCACCCACACCGUUACCUACGGCAACCUGGAGGGGAACGCCAAGAAGCGCAAGCAGUACAGGGACAGCCUGAAGAAGAGGCCGGCUUCCGCCAAGUCGCGGCGUGAGCUGGACGAGAUCGAGCUGGGGUACCGGCGACGACCCCAUCACUCGGCCCACCACCACUACCAUGGCCCCCAGACACACCGAUCGGCAUCUCCGCCCCCUGGACCCUCCGAGCGGAAGGGCCAGAGAGGCGGGGCCGGCGGUAACUGCUCCUCGUAUGUAUUCCGUGACAAGGAAAGCUUGAGAGAUUUCUACCUGGACCAGUUCCGCCCCAAGGAAGGGGUCCCUCAGUGGGAACACGUGGAUUUGACUGACGGGCCACGGGGGAGCGGUGUGGCCAACCCCGGUGGGGGUGGGGGCAGCGGUUUGGUAGCAGUGGAGGAUUUCCUGAAAGGCAAAAGCAAGAAGACAGAGUGUAAGGGUGGUGUCGGAGGAGGGGGCGGCACCUCUGGCCAGGGGCAGCAGGGGCAAACUUGCGGGGGCCUGACAGGGGGGGAGUGGGAGUGUCGAAAUUGCCGUGCCACCUGCGGAGGAACCAAACAGAUGCUGCACGGGGGCGGAGGUGGGGGGUACGGAGGCGGGCUGGGAGGGGGCGGUUCCGGAGGAGGAGUGGGGGGGGGGAACAGCCGUCCCAGCUCGGCCUCCUGCAUGCGCUGUGAAGCUUGCAAAAAGACGGGCAACCUGUACGACAUCAGCGAGGACAACAACCACCUUUUGGAACAGCUGGGGGACAAGUACUCCAUGGAGGGUGGGAAGGGCGGGGUGAUGGGCGGCGUGGGGGGGGUCGGGAUGGCGCAGCCGCAGACCCAAGCCCAGCGUCGGAGACCCAGCCUUGGGGGCAAGCCCCUGCGUAGGCAGCAUUCUUACGACACGUUCGUCGACCUGCAGAAGGAGGAGGCGGGAGGGCUCGGUGGCGGGAUGGGCGGCUUGGGCGGAGGCAUGGGUGGAGGUAUGGGGGGCGGAGGGAUGGGGGGGAUGUUGCCCCCACCCAGGAGUGUGAGCCUGAAAGACAAAGAUCGCUUUAUGGAGGGGGGGAGCCCAUACUCUCAUAUCUUUGACAGGCACGGAGGAUCGGAGCGCGAGCGAGUCAGCGACCGGGAUCCGCUAUUUUUGGGUGAGAGAGGGAAAGGGGGCUCUCACUUUGGGCUGUUCCGGGGAGGUGAGGGGGGGCUGCACCGCCGGUCUUUCGGAGAGAGAGACCGAGAUAGAGGGAUGAUGGGAGGAGGGGUAGGAAUGGGAGGUUUCUCCUUGUCCAAGUCUCUCUACCCGGACAGGGUGAACCAGAACCCCUUCAUCCCCACGUUUGGCGAUGACCAGUGUCUUUUGCACGGUGCCCAAUCCUACUAUGUUAAGAAACAGCAGCAGCAGCCGCAGUUCCACAAGAGCAGCCCCACUGACUUCAGGGGCUCGAUGGGCGCGGCCUCCUUCCUGCCUGCCUCGGCCGCCGCGGGGGUGCUGUCCAACAUGGCCCCCAGGUUCCCCAAGGAGCUGUGUUUGGGAGGGGCCCUGGGCAACCACCUCGGGGCCCCCAGUAACAACAAGCUGUUGUCAGCCAGGGAUGGGCUUGGCGUCCAGAGGCCCUUCAACAGCUCCAGCAACGGACACGUCUACGAGAAGCUGUCGAGCAUCGAAUCGGAUGUGUGAAACGGGAGAGAGGGAGGGAGAGAGAGGGAGAGAGAAGGAGAGGGAGAAGGGAGGGAGGGAGGAUUGGGACAGCCAGAGGGAGAGAUGGAGGGAGAGAGAGGGAUUGAGAUGGAAGGGGUAGUGAAAUUCCAUUCUGUGGGUACACUUCUGAGAGGAAAGGUAUGUAUGCAGUGCAAAGGAAUGAAAGACGGGAACAGCUGCCCACGAAGUGAAAGAGAGUCACAGGACAAAGAGAGAUGCGACAGUACAAAAUGGUGGGCAAACGCAGAGAGACAAAUCCUAUCUGCCCAGAGGCCUUUUUGGCCUCAGCUUCAACGACGAUUUUAUGGAAGCGAUACUUUUUGUAAUCAUUAAACGAGAGCUUUUCCUUUUACUAUAAGCUGGGAAAAAAACCACAAAAAAAGGUUUGUUCAGGGAACAAAUACAGUAACGUUUCCUCAAGCCGGAUGUUGGAAGCUAAAGCCGAAAUACGGAAGCUUGUUUGGAAUCCACUGUGCCACCCACCCCCCCAACCCUGCUCCCCAUCUCCCCCCCCCCCCUUACAGUUCUUAAAGAGUACUGCAAAUUAGGAGGGAGAGGAGCGGGUGGAGAGAGUAAGUGGUUUUUUUACCACUCUAAAUGAAUAUAUCAGGAGGGAGUAGAAACCGGUUUAUACUAUACAGAAUCUUCACCUUUAACUUUAUCUCACUCUCACCUUACCUCGCCUCUCUUCAUCUGUUCCCAAUGCCCAAACAAGGGUUUCUUGCCCUGGUUCAUGAAACAUACAAUCAUGAAUGAGAAUAGAAUUCCUACCGAACUAACAGGGUAUAAUAAUAAUAGUAUGAAUAGAAUUGUGAAUAAUAAAGAUGUUAUUAGAACCAGUUAUAAAAAUGGUUAUGUCAUUUAGUUUUUUUUUUUUCAGUAUUUUACACCAUUUAGUAUUUGUGGUUAUUUAUUUGUUAGCUGGCUGUGGCAGGGAGCUCGUUAUCUAAUUAAACUAACGAGCUGGAAGGCAGAGACAGUAAUUUGAUUUCCUCGUUUUGUUUUGUUUUCUGUGUUCUUUUUAAUGAUGUAUUAUCCAUGCUCAUUUGUGUGUUUGCUCUUCUGAAAUGAUGUGACAGGUGGUGAAAGAAUUGAUUUGCACAGUAAUGAACUGUACACACUGAUACCGAGCGGGAUUUGUGUCACGCAGAUGCAUCUCAAGUCGAGCAGUCAAAAAGGUGUGUCUCGUGAUACGUAGAGGGUCUGACGACGCUGCAUGUGGGAUGUGCCUUACGUGAUUAGGAAAGAUGCAUAUCUGCUAAACAUGGCUGGUAUAAUGGUUAAGAUGUGUACAGCAACCUGAAACAGUUUGUUCCAGCAUAGCCAGUUGUGUGAUAUUGCAUAGAAUAUGCCUCAGACUACAGAUAUAUGAGUAUUGGGCUCAGCUGAGAACAUCUUGCUGUUUGGGUUUCAGAGCCAAAAUGGCUACUAGCAUGAUGAAUUGGACUUGCCGAUAUUCCACUAUAAGUCCUGACAAGGGAUCCUGACCUCCAGGUGUUUCUUCUAGUUGUGGUCCUUACCUUAAGAGUAGUGGAAUCAUAUUUGAUACAGCUCAGAUGUGGGCUGAAGGAGGCAUUGUAAAAAAUAUAGUUGAAGGUAUUACAGAAGGGUAUUACUGAAACAUUGAUACAUACACACAAAAUAUGUUUAAGGCAAAAUAGAGCUCCAGACAGCACCAGACCAGAAUGAAUGGGUUUCAGUGUCCAAAGAUAUGCCUUAUCACCACAAAUCAAUUAAAAAUAUACAAGGUGUUGUACAUAAAAUAUGUCUUAAGUUUGCUGGUUACUGCUAAAAGGAAUUGCUACAUUCAGUGUAGGGCAACAAUUUUUUGUCUUAGAUCUAAGGGCUGGUAGAAAUUUGAUUUAAAUGCUGAACUGAGCAAAGAGAAUAUAAAGCAGGUUUUGAAAGCUACAUUUUACAAAGUACAGCAUCAUGACAACUUCUUAUUUUUAUCAAAUCAUACCAAAAUGUCUGAUCACUAUCUUUUAUGAAUAUAAAUGGGAUGGACAUGGUAAAGUAUUUAAACCUGGGGGAAGAUUUCUUACCCCUGUCUCCAGUUUCCUAAAGGACUAACCACACUGUUCAGCCAUGAAGUCAUUUAAUUUAUUAUAAUCUGAUUGGGAAUCCUGUGCAUUUUUUAUACAAAUUUUUUAUUCACAUGUUUCUGCCAACACAAUCCCACAAAAACACGAGGCAGAGGACAGAGAACACAGAAGGGAAGAACACAUUAGGCAGAAUGGAGAAAGGUCAGAGGUCAGGAAGGUCCAGGUUGUACCAGUCAGCAUCAGUAUCUUCACUUUUUUCCCUGUAAAUACAUUUAAUAAUAUCUUCAAUUUGUACAGUAAGCAGACAGUCAGGAUGUAACUUUCAACAUGUUUUACAGAAAUUUAAGAAAUUAAAUAAAAUGAGCAUAAAAAAUCCAAAAAACGUAAAAACUGAAAAAAUAUGCAAAAUAUGAUUAAGUAUUACUCAUUAUAAUAGUAGAUAUAAGUAAUCAUUUUAUUUGGUUUAAUGUCAUAUUAUUUACUUAAUUAUAACACUUUAUUAAUGAGUAUAAUAAUUAUUUUAAGAAUAUACUUUUUUCUUAUUUCCAUUAAGGUACUGAGGAUAAUAUAAGUAUUGAAGUUUUGUGUGAAUGAAUGAUGUUUAGUUUAGGAGGUCAAUGCAAAAUUCCCUUAAAUUUUAUUAAGAUCAUUUUAAGAAACUCUUCAUUCACUCACCAGGUAUAGAAAUAUAGAAAGUGUCAUCUAUACAUGCAUGUGAUCCUGUAUUACAUGUAUAUAUAGAGAAUGUUGCAUAUAACUACAGCAUUGUGAUCCUUCAUUUAAUUAGAUAUUCACUGAUUAAUUUAGUUUGAUUGCUAUUUUGAUAAGCUGUACUAGUUAGUAAUAGCUAUUUACUGAACCCAGUUCAGAUAGAUUGCAGGUAAUAUACCAUUUCAUCGUCUUCAACAAGCAGCACCACUGCUAGCUCCUGCAUUCAGUUGUGUAAGAACUGUAUAUCCAUAACAAUGGAAUAGAGCAUUUAGUGGUUAUUGAGAAAUUUCUGAAGGUGUGCCACCUCAUAUGUACAAAAUGCCCACAUGGCUUGUAAAUGUAUUAUGUAUCUCGAUAUGAAGGGAUUUGGAAGUUUUUUGUUUUUUUUUAAAUCCAGUUUUACAACCCUUAUGAAAAACUAAAAUUAGUCAUUACUAAAAAACUAAAAAAGGUAAGGUUUCAAGUAUGAAUUUGAAUUUGAGUUUUCAAAUUAUCAGCGGCAUUUUGAAAUAUGUAGUUUUCAAAUUUUCUCAUUUUUGUUCCUUACAUUAAAAAAAAUAUAAUUUUCCUGGUAGAUUUAUCAAGUUUCAACUAAAAAUAUCAGUGUGUGUAGAGAUUUGUGUGCGUGAAUGGGAAUGCAUGUCUGUGUGGGUGUGUGUGUUUAUGAUUAUGGUGUGAGUACACACUUUAUCAUGAAUCUGAUCUAUUUAUUUCUGAUCUUUCUCAGUUUAUGUUUUCAAAUUAUUAUUAUUAUCAGUCGAGGUAUGAGGAAGGAUGAGGAGAGUGGAGAAAGGGGGUGUUUUUUUUCAUUCAUUGAUUCAUUGAAAUUGAGAACUGUGUGUGUGUGUGUGUGUGUGUAUUACAGGACAGAGUGAGAGCGAUGUCUGGGUCUACUAAUCCUUUUUUAGCACAACUAGACAAAUUUGUUUUCUUCAUUUGCAGUAAACAGCAUGAUCCCUGCAAAUGCAUUAUGAGGUUUCUUUUUUUACACACAUUUGAGUUCAUUAACAUUAAAUUAGUUACUUCUUGUUUAUUUGUUUGGUCAUUUUAUCAGUAUGAUAAUGUUUGAUAAUUGCUUCCCUAUAAAUAACAUAUGUUUUGUGACUAUAUUUAGACGAAGAAGGUAACAGAAGCAGGAUUUAGCCAGGGAGGGUCGGACUGUCUCUUGAUUUCUUUCAAAUCCUCAGAUAGAUGCUUUAAUUGUCUUUUAAACACAAUUCUUUCUUGAUUAUCACUGAUAUAAAAUAUUUUAAUUUAGAUUUAUUAAUAUGUACCAUAUUGUCAUGUAGCAUCAAUAAUAUGUGCCAUGAGUAAUGAUAUGUCAUUAGCAGCAUUAGUUAUAGUUUUCUGUAACUAAGGGCAGUCAAAUAAAUUUAGAUUAAAUAAGAUCAACUUUAAUUGUUUGUCUAUAGUUGUAUAAAAACAUAUGUACAUAUGAACACAUAUACAUAUACAUAUAUACAGGGCUGCAAUAAUAAUCUAUUUGGAUGUGAAUAUAAACCUAAACUGUGAACUUUUCAACAGCCACAAAUGUUUUUGAUGCUACAUAGUAUAUAAUGAAAGCUACAAAUAUGGUCUACAAUAUAAAUAACCACUAAUACAAAAUAUAUCCACUAAUACAUUUUAUAUCCUAUGUUUAUACAAAUAUAUGGAUUUAAUGAUCACUUUUUCUUAAUAGUAAUUCCACUUUUAAUCAUAUAGUAAUGUUUAGUUGUAGUGCUUUGAUACUACCUUUCAUUUCAUUUGCAUUGUGCUACUUUAUGCAAAUUAAUAAAAAACACAAUUUUGAUUAACUGCCAAAUAUUCUGAACACACAGUUACAUUAACAAUAAUAAAAACAACCACAUUAAUAUAAUAUUGAUAAUCGUAGGAAUAUGAAUUUAUACGUUAAUUUUAUGUUUGUUUUAAGGUAGGCCCUGUCAUGUUUUGUGGUGUGUCAUUGUCAUUUGUCAUUUUGAACAGUCUUUAGAGUGUAGAGAUGGGCUAUGGCAUAUCAUGAUGGUGUCGAGGAGGUGUGCCAUCAUGGUGAAGAGGAGGUGUGUUUCCAUGGUGUAGAGGAGGUGAAGGUGUGUCACCAUGGUGUUGAGAAGGCGUGUUUGCACUCAAAAUCUCAAAUGUUAGUAUUGUUUGUUCAAGUGUAGUUUUUAUUCAUUGUUAUUCCCCCAUUGUUUCAUCUGUCCCCCCCCCCCAAGUAGUAUGCACAAACUUAUGUACAUCAGUCCGUGUGUGUGAUUGUGUGUGUGUGAGUGCGUGUGCGUGUGUGUGCGCACAAGCCCAGAAUAGUUUGCGAGUGGUUGAGUGUGUUAAAACUGUUUCCCCAUUUCUAUAAAUAAUAAUUUACUCUUUAAUGUCCUUCCAUGAUAAACUAUGAAAAGGGAAAAAAUAAUAUGUAAUUGAAAUUUGGGUAACAUUUUAGGGCUAAGGGUUGUUGCAAAGAGUGUAUCACAAAAAUACAAAUGAGAAAGAUUACAGUGCAUUUACUAAAGGUCAAUAUACAGUAUACAACUGCGGUGUUUCAACACACAUAGUAUGCACUCCCAAAUAAAUAAGUUAAAUUCACUGCAAGCUCUUUCUUUAAAUAUAUAACAUAUCUUGAUUAAAUGUAUCAUCAGUAGAGGUACAUGGAAUUAAUAUUUUAUGCCAGGACUUUAUUACCCUGUAUCUGGCCCUUUCUGUAAAAUGUUACCAAAAUUUUUACAUCACAGAAAUAACACAACAAAAAUAAAUAAAUGUACAGAUUGUGUAAAUAUGAAUAUGGAAAAAUGAUUACACUUAUUCCUUCAUUUUUUGUAUGAAAAUAAUUAAAUAAACAACAAUAAUAAAUUAACAAAUUCAUUGCAAAAAAAAGAAGAAAAUACAAAAAAAUUCAUAAAGGUACUUAUAAUAUAUACUGAUAUGUACAAUGAUAAGUGCUAAAAUCUGAUUCUGUCUCUUUGUACAAAAUGAACCAACUAAGAAAGUGUUGAGUAUUAAUAAAAAAAGAUAAGCCUCA